AUGGAGGGCUGCCACUGCCGCGGCGCCGGCGGACGAAACAGCAGCAGCAGCAUCCUGUACAACAUCCUGAAGAGUGACAGCCUGGCCGCCACCGAGGGACACCAACAGCAACAAACCCUGCACCACCUCCUCCACAGGACCACCUCCUCCUCUUCUUCCUCCUCCUCCUCCGUUUCCACUCCGACAUCCCUGCUCGACAUCCGGCAGCAGGCGUGCUCGUGCGGCUCGGCGCGGCGGCGCGGCGCGCUGCGCUCCCCGCAGGUGACGUGCAAAGCCGCCUCGGCGGUGCUGGUGAAGACGCUGCGAUUCGUGAAAAACGUGCCGUGCUUCCGUGAGCUGCCGGAAGACGACCAGCUGAUGCUGGUCCGCAGCGGGUGGGCGCCCCUGCUGGUGCUGGGUCUGGCUCAGGACAGGGUGGACUUCGACACCACGGAGACCGCGGAGCCCAGCAUGCUGCAGCGCAUCCUCACCGGCGCACCGGAGAGACAGACGGAGCCGCCGGUGGAGCCGAGCAGGUGCGCGGCCGGAGUGUCUCUGGCGGACAUCCAGGCCAUCAAAGCCUUCUUGAAGAAGUGCUGGACUCUAGAUAUCAGUACCAAGGAGUACGCCUAUCUCAAGGGAGCCGUGCUGUUCAACCCAGAUCUGGAGGGUCUGCGCUGUCUCCACUACAUCCAGGCGCUGCGUCGGGAGGCGCACCAGGCGCUCAACGAACACGUGAAACUGAUCCAUCGCGAGGACACGACGCGCUUCGCCAAGCUCCUGAUAGCUCUGUCCGUGCUGCGGGCCAUCAGCCCCGCGGUGGUCGCUCAGUUAUUCUUCAAGCCCGUCAUAGGGACCGUCAACAUGGAGGAGGUACUGCUGGAAAUGUUCUAUGGGAAGUAG